CGCUUGUUUGUGGCUGGCAAAGUGGGAAUCCUCUCGUGACCAAGAUGGCGAAACCCGUGACGAAGGCCGCGCCCUCCGUGGCGGCCGAGGCCAAGGGUGACGACCCCGCCUUCGCGACGAUCUCGGGCUCGGUCAUGGACCAGAGCCAAGUCAUCUUCGGCGUGCCGGUCUCGUCGCCGCCGGGCUACGACAUUGAGGACGACAGCUCGACGCUCGCGCCGGUGCUCAAGUAUGGCCUCUUGGCCGCGAUCUGCCUCAUGUCCUUCUCGAUCCGCCUCUUCUCCAUCGUGCGCUACGAAAGCGUGAUCCACGAGUUUGACCCGUACUUCAACUUUCGCACAACCAAGUACUUGGCGUCCGAGGGCUUCCUCGAGUUCCUCGACUGGUUUGACGACCGCGCGUGGUACCCGCUGGGCCGUAUCAUUGGUGGCACCAUCUACCCGGGUCUGAUGUACACGGCGGCCCUCGUCUACUGGGUGCUCAACUGGCUCAACAUCUCGAUCAACGUGCGCAACACGUGCGUCUUCUUGGCGCCGAUGUUUGCUGCCAACACGGCGAUCGCCUCGUACAUGCUGACGAAAGAAGUGACGAAGCGCACGAGCGCGGGCUUGCUCGCGGCUGCGUUUGCUGGCGUCGUGCCCUCGUACAUCUCGCGCUCGGUCGGUGGCUCGUACGACAAUGAAGGCGUCGCGAUCUUUGCGCUCAUCUUUGUCUUCUACCUCUGGAUCAAGGCCGUGAACACGGGCUCGAUGUUCUGGGCCGCGGCCUGCUCGCUCGCGUACUUUUACAUGGUCGCUGCGUGGGGCGGCUACGUCUUCAUCAUCAACAUGAUCCCGAUCUACGUGCUCGUGAUGAUCUUUGCCGGCCGGUACACGCCGCGCCUGUACAUUGCCUACUCAACGUUCUACGCGCUCGGGUCGCUCAUGGCCAUGCAAGUGCCAUUUGUCGGCUUCAAUGUGCUCAAGCAGGCCGAAUGCGCCGGCUCGCACGGUGUCUUCCUCCUCCUCCAAGUCUACUGCUUUGUCAACUGGCUCCGCGGCUUCAUCUCGGCCGGUGCGUUCCGCCGUCUCGUUGUGGUCGGCGCCGCGACGCUCGUGGCCGGCGUCGCGGUCGCGCUCGUCUUGCUGCAGCUCAUGGGCAAGGUGCAGUGGACGGGCCGGUCGCUCACGCUUCUCGAUCCGACGUACGCGUCCAAGUACAUUCCGAUCAUCGCGUCCGUCUCGGAGCACCAGCCGACGACGUGGACGUCGUACUUUUUCGAUCUGCACAUUCUGGUGCCCUUCGCGCCGGUGGGUCUCUACUUCAUGUACAAGAACCUCACGGACGGCGGCAUCUUCGUCAUCCUCUACGGCACGGUCGCCUGGUACUUUGCCGGCGUCAUGGUGCGUCUCAUGCUCACGCUCGCGCCGAUCGCGUGCAUCCUCGCGGCCGUCGGGAUCUCGGCCACCUUGCGCAAGUUUAUGGGCUUCCUCCACCGGUCCUUCUCGGGCACGACGACGCCGCUCAAGAACGGCGUCCAGGAGGUCCACAGCGGCUUUGCGCUCAUCGUGGUCAUGGUGCUCACGGCCUUGCUCUUGAGCUACCAGUUCCACGCUGCGUACGUGUCGUCGAUGGCCUACUCGUCGCCGUCGAUCGUGAUUGAGGCCGGCCGCACGCAGAGCGGUGAGCGCGUCGUGUUUGACGACUACCGCGAGGCGUACUUUUGGCUGCGCCAGAACACGGCGGCCGACGCCCGCAUCCUCUCGUGGUGGGACUACGGCUACCAGAUGUCGGGCAUGGCCAACCGGACGGUCAUUGUCGACAACAACACGUGGAACAACACGCACAUUGCGACCGUCGGUCGCGCGCUCGCGUCGACGGAAGAGGGCGCGUACCCGAUCCUGCAGUCGCUCGACGUCGACUACGUGCUCGUCAUCUUUGGCGGUCUCACGGGUUACAGCUCGGACGACAUCAACAAGUUUCUCUGGCCCGUGCGCAUCGGGUCGGGCGUCUUCCCCAACGACAUGCCGGCCGAGCGCGACUUUUACUCGGCGUCUGGCAACUUUGACGUUGGCCCCGGCGGCUCCAAGAUUUUGCACAACUGCCUCGCGUACAAGCUGUGCUACUACCGCUUUGGCGAGAUGCGCACCGACUACCAGCACCCACCGGGGUUUGACCGCGCGCGCAACACGGAGGUCGGCGUCAAGAACAUCAAGCUCACGCACAUGGAGGAGGCGUUCACGUCCGAGCACUGGAUCGUGCGCAUCUUCAAGGUCAAGAAGCAGCCCAACGUGCAGCCGACCACCGAGGAGAUGAAGCGCAAGCUGCGCGACGCGGCGUCCCAGACGGCGUCGAUCGACACGGAGAAGACGCGCUUUGUGGGCUGCGUCACGGGCGAGGACAUGCUCGGAGCCGACAAGAUCUACUCUGGCGGCGCGACGGGCGCCAACUACAACCUUGCGCUGCACCACGCCAAGGCGCACGGGAAGCGGUACUUCGCGCUCUCGCGCGUCGGCGGCGAAGGCCACGUGUUUGCCUUCGACAAGCUCGCGUUGGCCGAGAAGGACUUUGACGGCAACGGCGCCGGCUGCGAGCGCCCGUGCAUGGACUCGCAGGCGCACUUCUGCGGCUGCGCCGACUCUGGCUGCUCGGACGCGCUCGCGCAACCGGGCAAGGGCCAGGAGCACAACCGCCGAUGGGCCAUCUACGAGCGCGAAGAGGCGUAGACACUGUGCUUUUUCCAACACGAAGCUUUCUUUUGUGCAAGACA